AUGGUGUUUGAGCUGUUUGAUUUACCCUUUCUUCAGUUAGGGCAUCCUCCACCCAGCGCCUUCGCCGCUUCCCCGCUGAACGAGUUUGGCACGUUCAACACAAAGAAAAGCGACCAGUCGCCUGAGGAUUCCCUGAUACAACAUCGUUACCUCCUGCCCCGGCGAGGAGUUGAGAUUGCCUACUCGAUCUCCAAAACAACGAACACUGCGAAAGAGAAACUACCAACUCACAAGGCGGUAGUCAACAAGCGACAAGAACUCCGGCGAAGAAAGAAGGAGCUCAAGCGUCGUCGCAAGGUUUUCGACGAACUCAACAACAUCUAUACGCCAAAGCCAUACAAGCCCAAGAUGCUCGGCCCCAACGGUGCCGCGACGGACGAAAAUGGCAAUCCCGAGGGAUUUAGAGAAGACCUCAACAUGGUUGUCAUGUGUCCCGAGUGCAAAGAAUACCCACCCAACCUGGUAGAAGAAUUUUCGUCUGGCGAUAUGGUUUGCGGCUCCUGCGGCCUCGUCGUCGGCGAGCGUAUCAUUGAUACUCGCUCUGAAUGGCGUACCUUUGCCAAUGACGACCAGGGUAACGACGAUCCAUCCCGUGUCGGUGACGCGGUCAACCCUCUGCUCAACGGUUCCCAGUUGGAGACUAGCAUCGCUUUUGGUGAUGGUAGAGACGCUAAGCAGCUUGCUCGUCUUCAGAACAAGUCCCAGAACGACAAGGCGAGCAAGUCUCUGAUGCAGGCCUACAAGGAAAUCGGCGCUUUCUGCGACAGUAUCAACCUGGGCAAGAACGUGUCAGAUGCCGCCAAGCACAUUUUUAAGCUCACGUACGACCACAACUUCAUGAAGGGCAAGCCACAGGAGGCUGUCAUCGCAGGUUGCAUUUUCAUCGCCUGUCGUCAGACAGGUGUUGGUCGUACCUUCCGUGAGAUCUUCCAGGUCACACACGUCAGCAAGAAGGAGAUCGGCAGGGUUUUCAAGCAGCUCGAGUCCUUCCUGCAGAAGAUUAAGGAGGAGAACCCUCGUGGUGCCGGUUCUCUGUCCAACCUGGACGGUUACAAGGCGAGCGCGUCCACCAGUGCCGAGGACCUCUGCACUCGUUUCUGCUCGAACCUCAACUUCCGCAACGCUCAGAAGAUCGAGAACGUUUCUCGCGCCCUCGCACGCAAGACAUCCAGCGUGUCAGAACUGGCCGGACGAUCUCCCCUUUCCGUUGCCGCUGCCUGUAUCUACAUGGCGUCUCAUUUGAUGAAGGAGCCGCGAACUUCCAAAGAGAUUGCUUCAGUGGCUGGUGUCAGUGAUGGUACCAUCAAGACGGCUUAUCGCUUCCUCUACCAGGCACGCGACAGGCUGAUUGAGAAGGAGUGGGGCGCCGACAAGAAGGCAAUCGAUGCCUCGCACACCCAUAACCCUGCGACCUGCAUCAACAUAGUCGCUACCCCCUCACCACCAAGCGCAUACCUCCCAAUCCGCGUCGCCUUCAACAUGGGAGGACGACGGUCUAGGUCAGGCAGAGCUGCGGCUAAGCGCGCCUCUGCAGCGCUCCAAAGCACUCCCAAAAUCUUCGAGGGCAUUGACGAUGACGAACCCGUUGCUGAGGCCGUCGAAUCUGAACCUGAUAUUGAGGCUCCUCCGGAAGACGACGAAGACGAUGACGAACAGAAGGCCGAUGAGUCCGGAGAAGAGGAGGAAGGAGCCGACGAUGAUGGCGAAGAGGAGCCAGCUAACGACGACGGAGAGGACUCCGAACCCUCGGCCAAAGAACCUACUCCUCCGACCGAGCCCGUCGUCCGCCGCAAGCGACUCGGAAGGCCGCCAAAGAACAAGCCGCCCGGAUGGGACAAUAUGAUUACCGUGCCUGCAUCAGAAGCCGACACGCCUCGUCGGAGAGGUCGCGGCGGCUGGCGUGGCAGAGGCGGUCGCAGACCAGCUCCCGGCCAGGCCCCACCCAAGCUCAAACAAGUCAUCGACAAGGAGGGCACCGAGGUCGAUAUUGUCGACGACGAGUGCGUGUUGCCCGAGGACCCAGAGGGCGAGACCAAGGUCGACAAGCUCGGUAAUCUACAGGGCGGCCGACAGUACCGGUGUCGUACGUUCACGGUCAAGGACCGUGGUGAGAGGCAGUACAUGUUGUCCACGGAGCCGGCGCGUUGUGUGGGCUUCAGGGACAGUUAUCUCUUCUUCAACAAGCAUCCGAAGCUGUACAAGAUUAUCGUGAGCGAUGAUGAAAAGAUGGACAUGAUUGAGCGCAACAUCAUCCCUCACUCGUACAAGGGACGUGCGAUUGGUAUCGUCACUGCACGAUCUGUGUUCGUCGAGUUUGGCGCAAGAAUCAUUGUUGGUGGACGGAACAUUAUAGAUGAUUACCGUGUCGCGGACCAGCGCGCCGCUGGCGUGGCUGAGGGUGAGCUUGCGGAUCCGGCAGACGUGUUCGAUCCCAGCCAGCCGUACAACUCGAAUCAGUACGUUGCGUGGUUCGGAGCCAGUGCGGUGUACCAUACCAACCAGACGCCGGCCGCGUCCGAUCCGCUAGCUGGGUUGACGGAGGUCAAGAAGAAGAGGGUGAACGUCAACGAUACCAACUGGCAACUAGAGCAUGCUCGCGCUGCAAGUGAGUUUAACAGCCGCAUCAACGCCAUCCGCAUGGUCAACCUUCGCAAGGGCGCCUACGACAUCCACACGAACUUGAUGCAGCAGCCAGUGAACACACAGCCUACCCGCGCCCGCGUCGAGAUCGUCACCUCGGAAAAAGGUGCCCCUGCCACCGCCGCCUUCCCCGCCGUCCCGUCCGCGGUCCAGCGCAACUUCAACGUGGUGGACAUUGUAUACGAAACCCCGCGCGCGGGCGUCCAGUCUGCUGGUAAGCGCCCCGACAACGUGCCGGACUUCCUGAAGCCCUUCAACGGCAUCCUCGCCAUCGGCGACGAUCUCAAGGCCCUCUUGCCACCCGAGUGCCGUGAAUCUCUCGAGAGACAUCAGGCAGACCAGAGGGAGUUUGAAUCGCGCUUCGGUGACGAAAAGGACACGAUGGCGCGCGGCGGCAUCCAGAUCGACAAGGCGAUAGUGCCGCAGGGUAAGCAUUCUUAG